GUGCGUGUUACCACCAUGGAUGCUGAGCUGGAGUUUGCCAUCCAGCCCAACACUACAGGGAAACAACUCUUUGAUCAGGUUGUCAAGACAAUUGGUCUAAGAGAGGUCUGGUUUUUUGGACUUCAAUAUCAGGACACCAAGGGCUUCUCAACAUGGCUGAAGUUGAACAAAAAGGUAACAGCACAGGACGUACGCAAAGAAAGCCCCCUGCUUUUCAAAUUCCGUGCCAAGUUCUACCCAGAGGAUGUGGCAGAAGAGCUGAUCCAGGACAUCACGCAGCGCCUUUUCUUCCUCCAAGUGAAGGAGGCAAUUCUGAAUGAUGACAUUUAUUGCCCUCCAGAAACAGCCGUCCUUCUGGCUUCUUAUGCCGUCCAGUCAAAAUAUGGAGACUUCAACAAAGAGGUGCACAAGUCUGGCUACCUUGCUAGUGACAAACUGCUCCCACAGAGAGUUCUGGAGCAGCACAAGCUUAACAAGGACCAGUGGGAGGAGAGGAUCCAGGUGUGGCAUGAGGAACAUCGAGGAAUGAUUAGAGAAGAUGCUGUCUUGGAAUACCUGAAAAUUGCACAGGAUCUGGAAAUGUAUGGUGUGAACUACUUCAACAUUAAGAACAAGAAGGGCUCUGAACUCUGGCUAGGUGUAGAUGCUCUUGGACUCAACAUUUAUGAGCAGAAUGACAGGCUAACACCGAAAAUUGGAUUCCCUUGGAGUGAGAUCAGAAAUAUCUCAUUCAAUGACAAGAAAUUUGUGAUCAAGCCUAUUGACAAGAAAGCACCAGACUUUGUAUUCUAUGCCCCUCGGUUACGGAUUAACAAACGAAUCUUGGCACUCUGCAUGGGGAACCAUGAGCUCUACAUGCGCAGGCGUAAACCAGAUACCAUUGAGGUGCAGCAGAUGAAAGCACAGGCACGGGAAGAGAAGCACCAGAAACAGAUGGAGAGAGCCCUGCUGGAGAAUGAGAAGAAGAAGAGGGAGUUGGCAGAAAAGGAGAAGGAGAAGAUUGAACGUGAGAAGGAGGAGCUAAUGGAGAGACUCAAGCAGAUUGAGGAGCAAACCAAGAAAGCUCAGCAAGAACUGGAAGAACAGACCCGCAGAGCUAUGGAGCUGGAACAGGAGAGAAAACGAGCUCAGGAGGAAGCAGAGAAACUGGCUAAAGAACGUAGAGAAGCAGAAGAGGCAAAGGAGGCCCUAUUGAAAGCAUCCCAUGAUCAACAAAAGACCCAGGAACAGCUGGCUUCUGAGAUGGCAGAACUCACAGCUAGGAUCACGCAGCUGGAGCUGGCCAGGCAGAAGAAAGAGAGUGAGGCCCAGGAGUGGCAACAGAAGGCACAGAUGGUGCAGGAGGACCUCGAAAAGACUAAAGAAGAGUUGAAGACUGCCAUGAGCACCCCUCACGUAACUGAGCCCAUGCACUCUGAGAAUGAGCAUGAUGAUGAGCAGGAUGAGAAUGCAGCAGAAGCCAGUGCUGAGCUACGAUCGGAGGCCACCAUCAAGGACCGCAGUGAGGAGGAGCGCACCACUGAAGCAGAGAAGAACGAACGGGUCCAGAAACACUUGAAGGCUCUUUCCUCGGAGCUGGCAAAUGCUCGGGAUGAAACCAAGAAGACAGCCAAUGAUAUGAUCCACGCUGAGAACAUGCGUCUAGGCCGAGACAAGUACAAGACCCUCCGUCAGAUUCGGCAGGGCAACACCAAGCAGCGCAUUGAUGAGUUUGAGUCCAUGUAAACUCUCCCCCUCACCUGCUGCCCUGCACUCUCUUCUUCUUCCCUCUUUCCCAUCCUCUCCCGUCAUUCACUCGUAAUCGUGCUACGCUGGAACCACUACAGAAGAGUGACCAUGGUCUUAUUUAUCGAGUUUUGGGCAAAUGCUGGAGUUAAGCAACAGAAGAAAGAAUAGUAUUUACAUCUUCCUGGGGUGGCUUGGGAAAGCAAACGCAUAUAUUGGGGCAAAUCUGAAAUUGUUUGGCUUUGGAUAAAGUCUCACUGCAUUUAGUUUUGUAUUGCUUACUGAAGUGGCUGUGUUGCUGUCCUCUCCUGUUGGGUGGGGAGGCCAGCAGAUACUUUUACUGACUUACGUACAGUAAAGUGCUAACAGUUUGACACUGUGCCUUCCUACUAACUUGCGCAAGCUUCAGUAUUAAGCUUAGUAGCUGGGGUCUGAGUUUCUGACUUAAUACAGGGUCUGAAUCGUGUAGUUGAGAAGGGGAGGCUGGAGCUUAGGAAGAAGGGUUGGAGGUAGAAUAUGGACUUUCUUUCUAAAAGACCAAAGCUUUUGUCCUUCAAACAUAAGCAGACCAAACAGGUUCUGUGGUGUUCCUGCUGUUGUUACCUUU